AUGUCUCAAUCAUGUUCGAUAAAGAAAUGUACAAGGGCAUCACGUUGGCUAUGUGAUUGUUGCCAGCAAAAUCUUUGUUUACAACAUUUAAAUGAGCAUAAUGCCUCACUCAUUUCUCAAUUGAAUCCUUUGACAGAUGAAAUUAAUGCACUUGAGUAUCGUCUCAAAACGCUAGAUAUUCAAAAACCUAUUGUCCAUAGUCGUCAAAAACUUGAAGAAUGGCGUGACGAUUGUCAUCAGAAGAUUGAUUCUUUUUUUGAACAAAAAUGUCAAGAACUUGAUCAACUUGUUAACGAAAAAGUUGAUCAACAACGUGAAGAACUCAAUCGAAUAAAUUUGCAAAUAACCGAACUCAUCCAUGCACAAGAAACAACUCCACAAGAUAUCGAUUUAUUAAGAUCAACUAUUCGUCAGCUCAAAACAAAUAUGAACAAAAUCGAACAAACAUGUUUUACGAUCGAUAUUCAUCCAUUACUUAUAGAUGAAACGCUCGUUUUUAUUAACAAAAAAAUUGAACGUGAACUUGAUCUAUCAACUCUUUCGCCUGCGUACUCAAUAAUUCCACGUUCAGAAGGAAGUUUUCCAUCAUUAACUAACAAUGAUCGAUACUUAUUAAUGCAUCAAAAGCCAAACUUAUGUUUUUUCGAUUACGAAAUGAACAUGGUCAAACAAGUAUUAUGGUCUUACGGUUCCAUUCAUGAUAUGUGCUGGUCAUCAACAUUAGAUCGAUUCAUUGUACUGGGAAAAAAUAACAUAUAUCUCGUCAACGACUAUACAAUGACAAUUGAUAAUGUGCACACAAUUGAAGAACGACACUGGGGAUCAUGUACAUGUUCUGACACAAUUCUCUUUGCUAGCACAAAUGAAUGUCCUUCAUCUGUUUUGGAAUUUACAUUAUUACCAGUUAUUCAAUUGAUUAGAGAAUGGAAAUAUCCCGUUACAUGUACCAAAGAUCAAUGUAUCGCUGAUACUGUUUACAAUGACGGAUAUCUAGCUCUAUUGGUUAUGAGUGAAUCAACGAAAUCAGUGCGCAUGGAAUUGAGAAAUGCGAAGACACUCGAUCCCAUGUGGGCAAUUAAACUUGAUACUAGGUGUUUGCAAAAAGUAGCAUUUCGAUGUUGUGCAAUCACUUUUAAUGAGUGGCUCAUAGUCGAUUAUGAAACUGAACGUCUGGUUCAGAUUACAAAAGACGGAAAAAUAAAGAAAACAGUUCAAUAUGAUUCGACUCCCUGUCGUGCUGUUCUAUUCGACUUAAAUACGUUGGCUGUAUUGACUGUGGAUGAUGCUAGACUGCAUACAGUUCAGUAA